UCUAUAAAAAAAUCUCUCGUUGACAAAAACUGUCUACUCACCAAUCUUCAUUAAACUCAACGUGAAAGGAGUUACGCUGCUUCAUCACUGUUGCGUCGAACUGUAUCAGACUUUCACGGCAGCGUAGCAUGGACCUAGGACUAAGGACUGGCUGGGCGCAGGGGGUCGGGAACCCUGACUGGCCACGGUGACCCCGAAACCCCACGGUGUGAGGUUCGAGACAAGUUCUGGAGCUCUGGUGAUGUCACAAGUCAAGACGAUGCCUGACGCCAUGGCUAAAGGCGAGGAGGCGGCCUGCAGCAGUGAGGUGGCAGGGAGGCCAGUGAACCAGCCUCUUCCACGCCGGCUGAAGGUGACGCAGAAGGAGACGGGAGGAAUACAGCCGACCAAGACCCUCCGCGUGCUGGCCAAGAUCAGUCUGGUGCUGGCCGGGGUUAUAUUCUUCUGCCAGGUAGCGGUGGCGGCGUGCCUGUGUCGCCCCGUGGUGGUGAUGGGCGGGGUGUGGGUGGGCGCGUUGGUGCUGGUGCAGGCCGUGCUGGGUCUCCGCGCCCCCUCCUCCCACGCCUUGCUGGUGGGCCACGCCUGGGUGUCCGGCGCCGUGUGUCUGGUGUGCGUGGCGGCCGCGGCCUACCUCUUUUCGGGGCACCUCACCCUCGCCUGCAUCUCCGCCUUCCACCGCCCCGACCACGCCUCGGUGGUGCGGCUGUACGUGGUGGAAGUGGUGGGGCUGGUGGCCUGCCUCCCCUGCCUGGCGGCCGCCGUCAUCUGCCUCCUCGCCGCCGCUCUUUCCGCCCGCGCCGCCUGUCCCCCCAAGCCCAAGCGGGAGGCGCCCUUCGUGCUGUACCUGCCGCGCUGGGGAGGCGAGGGUUGUUAUGGCAGCGGCCAGCCCGGCGCCGCGCCUCCCCCCGCUGCCCUGCCCAACCAUCAGCCGUCCACCUCAGCUGCAGCGCCCGCCAGCCAGGACACUGAACGCGCUGGCUCCCCACCACCCUCCUACAACCAGGUGGCCGAGGAGUCCUACGCCUGAGUAUCUCAAGGCAUCCAUUCAAGAAGCCUCCAGUAGUGGUGCACUGCAGACACGCCACACAUACAUAUUCACAAAAAUUCUCGUUAGUUUGGUUCGGUAUAUUAUAUGAACCUAUGUAUGGUCAUAUUCUGGUAGAUAGCAACACACACACACACACACACACACACACACACACACACACACACACA